GGCUCCUCAUUGUCCUCAAAGGGUAUAAAUAGGGAGGUCAGCGGCAGAGAGUCUGGGUUAGGCCACUUCUCGGCGCCAUCAUGACUAAGGCAACCAGGAAGCCACGGCAGUCAAGAAGAGUUGCCACGCGGUUUGCUUCAAGGAAGAAUGGAACGAAGAAGACCCUUUGUCAAAGGAGGGGCAGAUGCGGUGUGAAGGCACGAAAUAUGACCAUGAGGGUCAGAAGACGUCUACAAGGUGUCUUCAGGAAGAAAAUCCGAUCAUAUGCCCCUCAGUCAAAGUUGAAGAAAACAAGAAAAGCAAAUUAUUUCUUCUCUCGCCGUGGACGAAAGAAAUUGAAUCGAAGCCAGAAAAGGUACCAAAAGAUGAGGCAGUGUCAAGGAAGGAGGCAGAAUCGAAGGAGAAAAUAAGCUCAGCCGCCCCCAAAGAAGAGACCCUGGAGAAGUGUCUCCAGAGGUCUGCGUUCUUAGCAAUGGCCAACCAAGAAAAGCCUCUUACAUGAACAUAGUUAACUGAUGGCUGCAAAUAAACGAAACAUCAAAUGGUGAAAAGAUGA